GUAAUGGUAAUCACGACCUACUCUAUACUAGUAUAGUAGUAGGUCAUGAUGGUAAUGGCGUAAUGGGUUCUGGCGAUUCCGGUUUUGAUAACCGGGCAGUGAACAAAGCGGGGCGAACCGUUGAAUAUAAAGAUGGCAUAUUUUGGAGUCGCUUCAGUUCUUUUAUUCGCCAUUUUCCACGGUUCACAAGGAAGUUCCAUGCCUGGCGGAUGGACCAAACAAGAUCCCAAAGCAGACGCGAGAUUCCUGGAACUAGCACAUUUCGCAACUUCUUCUCAAACAGAAGGACUCCAAUACUACAACACGGUCGUGGAACUCGUGGAAGUAGAAACUCAGGUGGUUGCUGGAAUGAACUACAAAUUGAAAAUGGCGAUCGCCCCAUCUACUUGUAAAAUUGGAGAAGUUCAGUACAGUGUACAGGAAUGUGUUGCCCAGGAAGGCCAGCCUCAAUCCAUGUGCGUUGCCGUUGUCUACGACGUUCCAUGGCAAAAGCAAACCUCCGUCACAUCGUUUAAAUGUGAGCAAGCAGAACAAACUGCCAAGGCAGCAACUACACUGAAAACAGAAUAGGGACAAGCUGAGUUUGAAAUGAUUCUGUCAGAGGGGGACAACCCAAAAUGAAGUAAGGCAUUGAACAAAUAUGCUGUUAUUCGCCCUGCGAACAAGAUGAUGAUGGUGAAAUAUGCUACAACUGUACAACUGUUCUAUGGCCCAUGGUGCAAAUUGCAACCAGCAAAUAUUAUCCUUUUUAUGCACUUGAGUGGCAGAGCUUUAGUUGUGUUUUUCUAUAACUGCUACUAAUAUGGGCUACCCAAAAGAAAGAGUAUUUCUUCUGUUCCAUAGGAAAACACUGUAGGAACGGCAAAUGCGGUAACUUUCAUCAAGGACGCAUGGGGUGCUUAAAAAUCGCAGAAUGAAUGUUCAGAUUCCAGAUUUGUUUCAGUAAAGUAUGAGAAAUGAAAAGCUGCUUUAUCCUCAACAAGGUGGAAGAGUGGCUUAGUUGGUGUGGUAUCAUGGCUGAACAGUUCACAAGCAAGACAAGGACCACAGAAUGACACUGACAAGUGCUGACUUCCAGCUAAAGAUUCUUUCUAGGAAAUAGUAAAUAUACACAUGUGCGUGCACAUGACUGAUGUAUACAUCUACUAUUUCCUAGAAUAAAUUUGUAGUUGGAAGUGUGCACUUGUCCAUGUCAUUCUGUGGCCCUUGCCUUGCUUGUGCACUGUUCAGUCGUGCUCUUUCCUGUACAUUGCCACCGUACCCUAUUCUGCCAUUUCUCAAGCUGCUUCGGUGAUGCUUUGAAAUUAAUUCUGGAGGGCAUAUUUACUAUAAGUGUAACAACAGUGAUGCACAUCAAAAUUGAGAAAACGCAGCUAAAUAAAUAUUGUAACAAUGUUUCUACUGCUAUGAAACUAAGCCAACCCGCACAGACAUGAUGCUUAGCAGUCGUUACAGGCCUUUGGAAAUGUUAAGAGGGCAGUGUUUUCUUUAUUUUCACAAUUUAUCUAGAAAGAACUGGAACAAAUGGCAAUUUUUAUAUGCAGCAUAUUGUGGAUAAUAUAUCUUCGGACAUAUAAUUUAGCUUUUAAGCACUCUUAUUUUAUCUUCAUUACAAACCCUGUACUUCGGUAAUCUUGGGUAUUUGUAUCUUCGGUAUCUUGUAUUUUGAGUCAUAAUGAUGGAAUAACCUCCCAAGAUGCAGUGUACCAUGUUAUAUUACUAUCUUUAUUUCCUACUAUACUCACUGUGUUUUCUCAUGCAAAGAUCAAAUUGGGAUACAUUGAAACAGCAGUUUACAAGUCAUCUGUUUUUAUUCUUCAUUUUUUUUUUUGUGUGUGCAAGUAUAAUUCCACGAAGAUAUGCCAUUUUUCUUUAGCCCAGAUCAAAUUGUAGACCUCAUAGAAGGUUGUAGUUUUCUUAAUAUUUUAUGCUUUUAUGUUCCCGGAUUAAACAUGUCGUAGCACAUGCAUUCACUUUGUUAGUGCAUGUCGAGCCUUUUGUUAUCCUUUGUGUAGCUGCAGACUCUGCGGCAAUUAUUGAAUGUACUGCUCGCAUAUGUUCUAAUAAAAAGGUAAUACCUAUUACAGAA